AUGAGGGUCCCGCGGGCCCCAGGGAAGGCUCCGGCGGAGCUUCCCGAGCUGGCACAGCCUCUGCCCCUCGCUGCAGCAAACAAUGCCAUCGUGCGGCUGAAGGAGAUGUCUCUCACCAUUAAGCAGAGGCUGGCCAGCACUAAGAAGCUGAAUCUGCCUCAGAUUGUCCAGCCUCAACACAAGCAUCACGAGAUCUCAGCAGCUGGCCCAGAUCACAGCUCAGUUCAACCUUGCCCACCUGAGGUGGUGUUUCGGAACUACAGCCCUGGUGAGGUCUGUGAAGUGCCAGUGGUUCUGAGGAACAGGGACAAGGUUUCUCAUCUGGUGAAGGUCACCUUGGAGAGCUCCCCUUAUUUCCAGCUGGUGGGCCCCAGGGAUGCAUCCCGCAAGGUGCCUCCAGGCCUCUCUAUGACUGUCCAUGUCCUCUUCAACCCUGGGGAGAACAAGGAUUAUUUCCACCAGCUCCUCUGCAUCACUGACAGGGAAGAGUUCAUUGUGCCAAUUCGGGCCAUUGGUGCCCGAGCCAUCCUGGACUUCCCUGGCCAGCUGGACUUCUCAGAGUGCCCGGUCAAGUACAGCACCCAGAAAACUGUGCUGGUUCGAAACCUCGGUAACCGGGCAGCUCACUACCAGCUGAGCACCCCGAGCCCCUUCUCUGUCAUUCCGGCCAUGGGAACUCUGGGUAUCGGUGACAGCAUGCAGGUGACGGUGGGAUUUCAGCCACUGAGGACUGGUGGCCAUUCUGCAUCCCUCAUUGUGCACUAUGACACAGGUGAAGACACCCACACAAGUCUUCAUGGAAGAGCUGUGGAUGUGGACAUCAGGCUGGACAGGAAUACUGUGACAUUUGGGAAGACAUACAUCACACGGUCAAACCAUGCAACUGUGCACAUCCACAACCUGAGUAAAAUCACAGCCUGCUUCCAGUGGAAGACUGCUGAUACUCAGGAACAGGAGGAUCAGCUGAAGCUGAGGCAGUAUCACAGGCUGUGUCAGCAGGACAAGGACAAAUUGUCUGAUUUUCUGAAGGAGCACAGAGUGGACACCACUUGCCAAGAAUAUUCAGCUCUUCUCACCCACACCCUCCAGAGAGUGAGGGCAAAGGUGCAAGAAGACCCCAUGCUGUUCUAUGAUGACAUUUUCUGCCUUCAGCCGAAGGAGGGAGAAAUCUGGCCAAAAUGUUCAGCUGAAAUCAAUGUGUUCUUUAAGCCCCAGGAAGCCCAGGUCUAUAAUCAAGCAGUUUACUGUGACAUCUCAGGCCGUGAGACCAGGCUGCCCCUGCUCCUCAAAGGGGAAGGCCUCGGGCCUCAGCUCCGCUUCAGCCUUGAGGAACUGAACAUUGGGGAGGUUUUUUUCAGAGCAACCCACAGAUAUGAGGUGAUCCUGUUAAACAAAGGACCUCUUAAGGCUCCCUUCAGCCUCGUCCCUCCAACCACAGCCAUGGGCUCCUGCUUUACCUUCCUGCCUCAGGAGGGCAUCCUGGCACCCAACAGGCUCCAGACCAUCCAGAUCUCCUUCUGUCCCACCAUCCUGGGGGAGUUCCAGGAACAAUUCUGCUUCCAUGUGACUGGAUCCCCUAAGCCUGUGGCCUUGCCUGUCAGGGGCUGUGUCAUGGGACCGAAUUUCCAUUUCGAUGUGCCUGCCCUCCACUUUGGUGACGUCUCCUUUGGUUUUCCUUGCACCUUGAGGUGCUGCCUGUCUAACACCUCCCUGGCACCCAUGUCCUUCAACCUCUGCAUUCCUGAGGAUGGCUUGGGAGAGCCCAGCAUUUGCAGCUUCAUUCAGAUAUUCAAAAUCACUCACCCAUCCUGGAGGAAGGGAGUUCAAGGUUUUGUGAAGCCAAGGGAGUUUAAAAUAAGUCCCUGCAGAGGGACUGUCCGUGCCUUGGGAUCCCAGGAUAUCGAGGUCACUCUGUGUUCCAACACUGUCAGAGAGUACGAGCUGGAGCUGGUGGUGGGUGUGGAUGGUGUUGGCAAGAAGUUGUUGGCACUGCCCCUCACAGCCAGAUGCAUUGUUCCUCCACUGCGAGUGCUCAACCCUGUGGUGAAGUUCAGGCACUGCUGCCUAAAGUUCCCCUACGAGGAGAAGCUGACCCUUGUGAAUGACAGCGACUUUCCUGGCUGCUACUGUGUUCUUCCUCAGGAGCACAAGGAGAAGGCUGCUGCAUGGUACUCCAGCUCUGUGCCAUCUGGGAUUAUCGAGGCUCACAGCUCGGUGCAGAUCCCAAUCACACUUGAGGCUCAGCAGCUGGGAGAGUGCAGCAUCACUGCUGAGGUCUCUGUGUUUGGGAGAGAAGGAUCCCCACUGGAAAUCCGUUUAGAGUGCACUAGCCAGGGACCAGUUGUCCAUGUCCAUCCGAGGGAGAUAAACUUUGGCACUAUCCAAGUCUUACAAGAUAGUUCCAAAAUUCUCCAGCUCUCCAAUCAGGCUGACAUCCCAGCACCCUUCUGGAUAGAGGUGGCUGGGAAACGCUCACCCUGGAAGAUUGAACCCAGUAAAGGAGUGGUCCCCCCUAUGUCUGAGAUGUCUGUGAUUGUCACAGCAAACCUGGAUGACACUAAGAAAUUCCAGGGCAAGGUGAAGGUGUUCAUUGAGAACAGCCAUACAACCAUCAUCUCUGUCCAAGCUGAGGGAAUUGGCACCACAAUUGUCACUGACAAACCUCUUGCUCCAAAGUUCGACUUUAAGCCCCACUUCAGCCUCACUCCCUGCCGUUACCAGUUCAAAAUGACAAACAAGGGACGCCGCAUCCAUCGGCUGUUCUGGACCACGGAAGGUUUCAGCAUCUUUCGGCGCAGUACUCGUCCCCCUGCCCUCCAUGGCACCAAGAGUAAAAAUGUUUCCCAGAGCCCCAGACCUGGCAGCCCUGUGUUUAAGCUGCAGCCACUGAUGAUGGACCUGAGGCCAGGCCAGACUGUGGAGAUGGUGCUGGAAGGCUGCUCCAGCACUGCCCAGCCCCUUGAUGUUUGCCUGGGGAAAGGGGCAAGUGACUUCAAGAAACUGUUUUAA